AUGGCGGCGCGCGCGGCUCCGCAGCUCUCGGCCAGCCGCAGGUCCGAGCCCGCAUUCCGCGAACAAAGACGACAGAAAGUUGAAGAAUAUCUAUCAAGAAAGAAGACUUUUUCUGGUUUGCCCAUUCAAGAAAACCAGACAUCGAUCAGUAGCAGAACUAGGAGAGUGACUACCAGUAAACUGCAAGACAAGUUACUGCUUUCAACAUCUCCCAAGCCAGAAAUGGAAAAUAAAGAGAAUGCUGAUAAAGUGUCAUGGGACCAAUCAAUUGUAAACUCAGAAACAAAUGUUGCUUUAAACCCUUCUACAGUCCCACUGACAACUGACAUAUCAGGGAUAAACUGUAAUCUUAAAAAUCAAGCUCCAAAGAACAAAGUUGUUGAGAUAAAAUCUCAGCAUGCAUCACUUAGCAAGGCUUUCUUGGAAAUUAAAAGAAUCAAAGAGAGGCAUUUGACAGCAGAAAAGCAAAAUGCAAGUAUCAGCGUACCAAAUAAACCAGCUCUUGGCAGAUAUCGUGGCAAAGUUAUCCCAUCCAAGGUAAAUUCUUUCUGGAAAGCAGGAAAAACUGAGGAGGAAAAGAGUUCUUUGCCAGACAAGAAGCAUUUUCCUUCUGCCACCAAACAAGCAGCUAAUCUUUUGUCCACGAAAAGCUGUAAUGCAGUUCUGAAGACCAUCAAAGUCUCAAACAACACUAAGUCUGUAAAAUCAAAUGGUGUCCUGCCAUUUCACAGCAAACCAUCUGACAAAGCUAUUAACUCACAGUCUGGUCUGAAGAAACAGCUGACAUUUGCUGUAGCAACAAAGAAAAUAACAGUCCCAAAAGUGGUUGGUGGAAGGGGACCACAGCCACUGAAUGCUGCUUCUAGCAAUCCUGAUCGCAAAGGGCGGGCUGUGAAGAAACAUAGAGAUUUUUGUAAAGAUGCAAGACCAGAAGCUCCAGCAAAAUCAGGACAGAUUUCUAAAACAAACGGCGACAGAAAAUCUAUUCUGCCAAAAGAGUCAGCAGAAGAGAGAAGAGCUCGCCUGGAUGAAUGGAGGGCAUCUAGAGGAAAAGUGAUGAGACGACCUCCUAUACAUGCACUUCUGGGACCUCAGUCUAAAAGUGAAGAACAGGAAUUCUCUGCUGCUGAAACAGAAAAGGUCAACAAGACACUGAGUGAAUGCCUGCAGUUAACAGAACAGGGACAACGAAGUGAUGAAGUACGUGCCAUGUUGGAAGAUCUGAUACUGAGCAUUCCUGGGGUUAAAAAGCUUGCAAAAUACUGGAUCUGCUGUUUGCGUCUCGAACAGAUGGGCCAUCUUGGAAAGUUUAUUGCUGUUUAUGAGGAUGCCAUUUUGGCAGGAGCAAUGCCCAAAGAGGAAUUGCGACACACACUAAUAGAUACAAUCAAAAAUACUGAAGGCCUUCUUAACUCUGUCAAUGGGGGAUCUGUGAUAGAAACUCAUUUAAGUGAGGUAGUGGAAGUCAGCGAGGAACCAAAUUCAUCUGUAGAGCCAGUUCAGGAAGCCUUCCAAGAUCUCUGCCCUGAUGAUGACAAAAAAGAGGAGAGUGAUAAUAAGAAGGAAGAGACAAACAGUGAAGUUACCGAAAGAGAAGAAAUUGAUUUAGACUUAAAACCAAGAGGAGAGACCUUGCCAAAAAAGAAUAGAAAGCAGAAGGCUAAAGAACGGGCAAGAAAGAAAGGAAAAUGCGAAAGAGAACAGAACAAGGAUGGGAUAAAAAAUACAGGCCAAGCAAUUAAUUCUCCUGAGAAGGAGAAUGACACAUCUUAUUCAAUGGGAUACAACCCUCCUACCACACCAUAUUUGGAAAGUGUCAAGACACAUCCUGAGGCAAACGGCAGUGCUAAAGAUCUGAACAUUGUAACUCCUUUGCGAUAUUCUCAACGCAUUCGGGAGAAGAUGUGCAAGCUGCCUGAUGCUGUUAAAGAUCAAGAUCCAUGUGUCUCUUCACUUGAGCAGCUGGGAGACUUGGAAUCAAAAGCUACUGUGUUUAUCCACAAACAGAGCCAUGCCUUCCAAGAAACAAGUGCUGAAAUAGAAGAGUAAAUGUGUAGUGCUACUGCUACAGGGGGUGUUAAAAGAUUUUAUAGCUUUUAGGGAGAGUUGAAGGGUACUUGUUUUACAUAGCUUUGAGAAAGGAGCUGUCUAAAACUUUUGUGGACUGCCGGAGUCACUAAAUAAGCUUUUAAGUUUCUGCCUUCUCAAAAUUGUAAUAAGACUGCCCUGGUUAUUGACUGUGUUUCAUUUAAUUCUCAAUUAAGGCCUAGGUAUAAUGCUUCAUGUUAGUAGUUGAUACUAGUAUAUUACUAAUACCUACUGUUUUCUUGUUGUAAUUCCUAUUAAUUCCUUAGAAACAUGCAAUCAGUUAGUUUAAGAAAACAAAGUACUGUAGGUAUUCCAGUAAUGCAGCAUCUACUCUGACAAGCUUUAGCUUGGAAAACUGAAGCUAGCUAAUAAGGUGUGUGCUGAAUUUAAACUGUUCUAUGUAUUCUGGGGCUGUUUCAACAGGACAAGAGUUCAAGCUCCAGUUACUGAGAUUUGCUCAUUAUCAAGUAC